AUGAACCGUUUGCAGGAGCUCGAAGAUCUCCAAGAUGAAUCAGAGGAUGAACUUGAAGAUAUUGGCGAAUCGGAGGAUGAACUUGAAGAUUUUGGCGAAUCAGAGGAUGAGAAUACCUUGAAUGCUAAUGACAUAAAAUAUGCCGAUUUUUUCGAAACACCAAAGAACCAGCGAAAACGUAAAGCAGAUUCAGUUGACGCAGAUUCUUCAGAUGAGUAUCUGACAUCAGACGACGAAGAAGGCAAUGCAAGUCCUUCUGAAGCGUUAAAGAAAAAAGUUAGCGACUUGUUUGCUCAAGAUGAUAGCGAUCACGACGAUGAUCCGAAGUCUACUUUCCAGAAGCAACAAGACAAAAUCAUGAAACGGAUAAAACUAUUAGAGGCAGAAAAUGUUGCCGAGAAAGACUGGACAAUGACUGGAGAGGCAUCGAGCAAGGACCGUCCGAUCAACAGUUUGCUCGAGGAAGAUUUGGAAUAUGACUUCGUUUCCAAGCCUGUUCCGGUAAUUACUGAAGACGCGACAAAUAAGUUAGAAGAAAUAAUAAAAAGAAGAAUUCUAGACGGUACUUUUGACGAUGUGGAGCGCAAACAAGAUCCAAACUUCCGUCCCUUUCUUCCUUCAAAAGUGGUUGAACUUUCACACGAAAAAUCACAAAAAUCGCUUGCUGAGAUAUAUGAAGACGAGUAUAUUAAACAAACGUCAGGAGAUAAGACGAAUGAAAAAGACGAGAGCUUAAAAAAGGAACACGAGCAAAUAGAAGAUAUGUUUAAAGAUCUAUGCUUUAAGCUAGAUGCAUUGAGUAAUUUCCAUUAUACACCUAAGCCGCCCAAACCCGAAGUCACUGUGAUAACGAAUGUAGCAGCAAUAAACAUGGAAGAAGUAAUACCGCUUAACGUUAACGAUUCUAACUUAUUGGCGCCAGAGGAAGUAUAUGACAAGAAGAAUGUAGAAGUCAAAGGGUGA